AUGAUAAGCUUUCAAAAUUAUAAACCUACAGUGAACGACAUCUCAAAUGUCUCACUGUCAUUUUUUUCAGAGAAUGUCAUUGUGAAUAUUCGAAUAAUUAAAAGCGAAGGCUAUCAUGCAGAGCUUCAUAGUGUCAUUACAGAUGAUGCUUACAUACUAAGCGUGCAUAGAAUACGGCCACCACAUCCCACUGCUAAGAUCGUUUUAAUUAUGCAUGGCCUACAAGUUAAUAGUUUUUCAUUCGUUUUACCAGGAAAUCAACGUUCUCUAGCAUUUGAACUAGCUAACAAUGGAUACGACGUCUGGAUUGGCAAUGCCAGAGGAACCGAAUUUUCUAAAAAGCAUCAAAGUCUUCAUCCGAAUUCCGCAAAAUUUUGGGACUUCAGUUUCCAUGAAAUUGCCGCGUAUUUUAGCUGCUACAAAUCGAAGUGCCUUACAUUACGUGGGAAAUUCUCAAGGUGCCACAGUCAUCGUGGCACUGUUGUCCUUGAAGCCGAUGUCGAAGCGGCAAUUGAAAUAUUUCGACCGAUGAUAAUUGGAAUCGAUAAAAUGGUUGGAUGGAAUCAUGCAGAUUUCCUCAUUGCAAAGGACUUGGCAGUGGUUAACGAAAAAAUAAUGAAGCUGAUGAAGCAGCAUUCGCAAUUUGAUUAGAUCAUUUUGUGCUGGACAUUUUUACUGGAUCGGUUAAAUAUUAUGAAAUCUAGAAGUUUAUUGUAGAAGUACGUACUUCAUUGCACUAAACCAAGCACUAAAACAGAUUUUUAACAGAAAAAUCGGUCCUUUUUCUCAUUUGUAAAAUUGCGACGCGGUAGCAUCCAUCCUUACAAACUUAAUUUAUAUAACAAAGAUUAC